CUGAAAAGAGAAGAAAAGUAGAGAGAUGAGUAUUUCUUACGCGACAAAUAGUAGAUAUUCAUAGUCGUCGUCUUCGUAAACGGAAAAUUGGAACAUUGGGAUUCUUCUCUUGCUCAUGGCUUGCUGUGCAGGUGAUCGCUUCCUUCCCUCUCUGUAAGCGAAGAAUAUAGUGCUCAGUGAUUCCUAAUUCUCUGUAGGUAAGCAAUCUUUUCCCUCGCUAACUUAUGCAUCUGGUAAAGUCGGUUUCUUCAUUUCCGAAUCUCGCUUCGAAAAGACAUUCAGUUCAGCUUGUGCUUUGGUCAAGCCUGGGAUCAACGUAAAUUACAAGUGUUGGGAGAAUGCAAGUGCUGCAGCAGGUUGAUUUGUUAGUCUGUUGAGCGGCAUCUUGAACGUUGGAGAGUUGUGACAAUGGAAGUUGAGGCUGGGAGUUCUUCAACAGUUGCCACGGGUGGUCAUGCUUCCCAACCAAUCUCAGUACGUUCGAGGCGAAAUAAUGCAUUCUACCAGUUUACCCAGCAGAACCUUCCAGCUUGUAAACCUGUCCUUACACCAGCAACAGUCAUUGCUGCAUUUCUAUUGAUGGGUUGCAUUUUCAUUCCUGUUGGGCUUGUCACUCUUCGUGCUUCCUAUAGUGUUGUUGAAGUUGUGGAUAGGUAUGAUGUUGAAUGUGUUCCAGAAGAAUAUAGAAGUAACAAGGUUGCAUAUAUCAAAGAUGACUCAAUCUCCAAAAAUUGUUCACGAUUCUUGAAGGUACCUAAAUCAAUGAGAGCACCAAUUUAUAUCUAUUAUCAGCUUGAUAAUUAUUACCAAAACCACCGACGGUAUGUCAAGAGUAGAAGUGAUCAACAACUCUUACAAGGACUUGGGCACAAUGGCACCAGUUCUUGUAAACCUUUAGAGUCCUCUAAUGGUCAGCCAAUUGUACCUUGCGGGUUAAUAGCAUGGAGUUUGUUCAACGAUACGUACAGAUUUAGUCGAGGACCAUCAGAUUUGAAGGUCAACAGGAAAAACAUUGCAUGGAAGAGUGAUCGUGAUCAUAAAUUUGGGAAGCAUGUUUACCCUUUUAAUUUUCAGAAUGGGACCUUGAUUGGUGGUGGAAAGCUGAAUCCGCAUAUUCCUCUUGGUGACCAAGAAGAUCUUUUAGUAUGGAUGCGCACUGCUGCUCUCCCUAGCUUCCGGAAGCUGUAUGGUAAAAUUGAAGAGGAUCUGGAUGCAGAUGAUGUUGUUGUGGUCCACCUAUUGAAUAACUACAACACUUACAGUUUUGGUGGAAAAAAGAAGAUUGUUCUGUCAACAUCAAGCUGGCUGGGUGGAAAGAAUGAUUUUCUUGGACUCGCAAAUGUUUUUGUUGGGUCCUUUUGUGUAUUGAUCUCCGUCAUCUUCUUGUUGCUUCAUGUGAAAAAUCCCAGGCCUUGUGGGGACCUAGCUUACUUAUCUUGGAGCAAGUAGGCAUUGCAAAUUGAUAGCCUAAAAGAAGGAUUAGAUAUACUUUUUCCCCUUCAAAAUAUUCUCUUUCUCUGACGCUGAUCUCAGAUGAUAGGCAUUCUUGUUACGUUAGCUUUUGUAUUUAACUGUACAUGAUAAUGGAAAAGUAUAUAGCCCAGUGAGAAAAUGCUUUAGAAACACAAACCGUAUUACCAACCGAUAUAGAGUUUAUAUAUUAAACUGCUAUUUCAGAACCACAUGGGCUGGCUGAAGUAGCAAGGAUGGGAUGGAGUGUGAGUAGCAGUUAAGGAUUUAAUCCUCCUGAUAUAAU